AUGCUAUUAUUCUUUUUUUUAUUGAGCUGUUCGAGAAAAAGAAUUAAUCUGUUCAAAGAUAUAGUGGAAGAUAAAGAACAAUUAACUCAAGCAUAAUAAGUUGCCUUAAGCAUUUCAGAGAAGAUGACAACAACAAAGUGGAUAACCUAUUUAUUUGAGAAUUAUAACUCAUAAAUAUCUGUAUUAAAUAAAGCUUGCUUAUUUACUAAAGUAAUAUUAUUUUCUUAAGUAAAAAUCAAAAAUGUUUAAUGGAUAUACUUUAAUUGUUAUAAUAACAAUAUCAAUAUGAAUUAAUUAUUUUUAGUAUUGAUUGUUUUGACAGUAUUCUCAAUGCUUAUAGAUUAUAUUUUCAUUAUUGUUAUGUUGAGUCUAAUCAUAGUUAUUUAUGCUAUACUCUCAAUCUAGUUUGGUAUAGCUGAAUGA